AUGAAAAACCAUUCAUCCUCAUCAUCGGUGGUUCAUCAUUCAUCACAGCCCACACAACAAAAUAUUCCUAGAAAACGGUUAGUACAACAAUCAUCAACCAAAGAAGAUGAUGUUGCUGCCGUUUCUUCUUCCUCAACUUGUCCAUCACCCUCUUCUUCCGAUAAGGCUCAUCAUCAUGAAUUAAUGAAUGCCUUCGGAAAGGCUUCCAAGCAUUUGAUUUUUGAUCCUAAAUUAUAUCCCACAGAGAGGAUUCAUUGCUCUCAUCCUGGACAGCAUAAGGUUCCUGUAUACAUGUAUGAAAAUUUUGUGUGGGGAGGAUAUCGAAUGAAUUUGAACUUUGUGGAAUCAUUCAUGUCACUCUUUUCAAUUCACAAUGAAACAUUGAAUAUAUGGACAGCCUUGUUGAGCGCAUUGGUAUUUCUUUAUUUAACCAUUGAUGUGAUAUUUCUAUGGGAUCCAUCUUCGCCGCAAGGACAAACUCCAGACAGUGGAUAUUCUUCAUAUUUUGGAGGAUUUUUGACAGAGAAUUUUAUUGAAAAGACCAUGUUUGUCGUGUAUGCAGUCACGGCAAUUGUUGCAUUUAGUGCAUCACUGUUGUAUCAUUGGUUUAACAGCAUUUCCGAGAAAGUAUAUAUCAUGUUACUCCGAAUUGAUAUCAGUUCUAUUGGCUUGCUCAUUGGUGGUAGUUAUUAUCCUCCUUUGUAUUAUGCAUUCUAUUGCCAUCAAAAUUUUGGCAUCUUCUACCUUAUAAGUAUUAGCGCAUUAUGCCUGAGUUGUGUCGCCAUGUUUAUCAUUCCUCGCUUCUCACGAGAAGAUUAUCGUCAAUUUAGAGUUGCAGUUUUUGGUUUCACUGCCAUGUACGGAUUAUGUCCCUUCUUCCAUGUGAUUUACUUGUUUGGAUUGGACAAUGAUGAGCUUAAUUCUCGAUUAAUGGGUAUUGUGUACAUGUAUCUCUUUUAUGCACUUGGAGUUUUGUUUUACAGUACCAAGUUGCCUGAAAGAAUUUGGCCUGGAAAGUUUGAUAUUGUGUGUCACAGUCAUCAAUUUUGGCAUUUGUUUGUUUUCAUGGCAACCUCGUAUCACUUUUAUAACUGUACGCUCAUGCGAGAAUCACAGAGAUGUUUCGGAGCGCCUUAA